UGUGUGUGUGUGUGUGUGUCAAAUAUAUAUAUAUAUAGCAUCUCGUAAGAUCUACGCACGCAGACACACAAAGCUCCGUAACAUCGUUGAGGUACAGUUGUCUCUCCUUGAGAUAUUAGAUAAUUGUUUACAAGUUACGAUCCGUACAGAAUCAUCAUGGCCAAAGAAGCAGAAGAAAUUGUUCGGAGGGUUAACGAAAUCCUCGGCCCAUUUGGUUUUGAGGCGCAUCCCUUCAAAGUAAAAUGGUACAAUGAACUUGUUGGACCAAACUAUCAACUUGAAUACCAUGAUGAUACUUUCGCAUUAAUUACCAUCAGUACUCCUCAAAUGUUUGAAAAAGCAUUCAAACCAUUCAUUUAUAAUAUCUAUAAAAAAGGUGAUUUAGCUCCUAUUGAUCAUUGUGUUAAGUAUUAUACGGAGGAAAUAAAAACGGUACAGGAUUAUCCUGAUACAGAUCUGAUAUAUGACUUUGACCAGAAGGCUCCUCGACUUUACAGUAUACUAGUACAAACAGCUGCACAUGUUGCUGGUGCUGCAUAUUAUUAUCAAAAGAAGGAUGUGAUAAAUAAUCCUUGGGGAGAUAAGACCAUCUUUGGAAUUAGUAUUCAUCCGCAAUAUGGUGGCUGGUUUGCUAUAAGAGCUGCUAUUAUCUUUAAAAAUCUCAAGUUUGCAGACUUAAAGAAGAAAGACCCAGUUGAUGCUAUACCAGAUCAAGAGACUAGAAUAAAACUACUAAACAUGUUAAAUGAAGAUUGGGAAUAUUGGAAAGCUCGUGACAUAAUAAAAGUGUCUGAAAGAUAUACAGAAGAGGCCAUUAAUUAUUUCAAAACACUUCCCAAAGAUAGGUACAAAUUAAUUGAAGAUAUGCAGGCAAACAGGAAGAACAAUGCUUAAAUGCUUCUGUGAUUUAUUAUAUAUUCUAAUACAAUAGCUUAUUAUACAUGUAUUCUAUAACAGAUUAUGUAUUUACAUAUACAAAUGCUUUUACUUUUUAUAAAUGUUAUGGGGUAUCGUACGUGUAAUAAAAUACAAUGUGUGUCUUGUUGGUCAUGCUGGUAGAAAAAGGCUAAAAGAACAAAUGUAGUGAGAGUGAGUGGCAAUCAGAAGUGCUAAAUAAAGGAGUACUGUAGUAAAGGGUUUUCUUCUGAAAUCUCUGGCAUUUUAAUGAAAAUAAAAUUGCAAAUUUUUAUUAUAAA